UAUAGUUUUAGGAGGUUGUGGUAGUUCUACUUAUGGUACAAGAUACUGAAAAUCGAAGUUGAAAACUACACCAUAGAAGUAAACCCAAAAAUGGUUUUUAGAUUACUACAAAUGGACCGCCCCUUCCAUGCUCUAAAACUUCAGUUCCACGUCCUUGUUGUAUCUUGAUUCAGAAGGUUAAAAACUUAAAUCCUUAAUUACGAAAGUUAAUCCCAUCGCAGGUCCUUUCGUCUAUAUAUUAUAUAUAGACCAUAUCUCUAUCUCUCUCAGUCUAAAAUAUAUUCUUACAAGUUUGGAUAUUGUCUUCUACUUUUAACCUAUAAACAAAACACACAUGAAUUCUUAUCUGAUCAUGUUUACUCUCCUCUCUCUUCUCCUUCUGGCGCUUAGCUUAAAUCCGUCCCUAGCCUCCAGCCGCAACUACACAGACGAUACAAACGCCUCUAUUGUACCGCGGUACAGCAGGUACGUUAAAGACGCGUGUAACGUAACCCGAUACAAACAACUCUGCCUCCGAACGCUUUGGCCGUUUACAAUCGUCGCUAAAAACAACUCGAGCAAGUGGGCCCGAGCUGGCGUCGCCGUGACCAUCACCGACACCAAACGGAUCCUGAGACUCUUGCUCAAAACGCGGAAUUCUUCAGCGGUCGGGAAACGCGAGAGGAUCGCGUUGUCGGAUUGCCGGGAGCUGUACGUUGACUCCCUCGGCAAUCUUUACCAGUCUCUCUCCGUUCUCCGGAAACUUGACGCCGACCAGUUUCAGCAGCAGAUGAGCGAUCUCGCCACGUGGCUAAGCGCUGCACUCACGGAUGAGGACACGUGUCUCGACGGAUUUGAGGAGACGAUGAGUAAAUCAUCGACGGUCAGGAUGAUUAAGAGGAAAGCGACCAGGUGUAUGCACUUGUGCAGCAAUGCUCUGGCUCUCACCAACAAGCUUGCUUAUGACGGCUUGUAAUCUACGCUUAUGAUAUAUAAUAUACAGUUUAUUACACUAAAGUAUUGUAUUAUUACAUUAAAGGAAAAAUAAUAUUUAAUUACUCGAAAGAAAUAUCAUGAAAUUUAUGAUAAUAAUGACUGUUUGUCUU